GUAGACGUAGAGGCCAUUUUUGCGACACGUUUCGUUCAGUUCUACACAAGCGGCUCCGUCGAACGUGUUGACUCCGGCAGCAUGUCGCUCCUCGCGAGAAUCGCCAAGUGUGAGGUACGAAGAUACACGUCAUCGUGUGGUGUGGUGCGCGCCAAUACGUCAGACCGUCAUUCCGUUCGCUCCUCAAAACCUGCUGCGCCACAACUGCAGCUCUUGCAGGUACGUUUCAACACCCGAUCCUACAGCAAUGCCGCCCCAACGGUUAAAAUGUACAUCGAUGGACAAUUCGUAGAAUCAAAGGCUACGGAAUUUACGGAUGUCCACGACCCUGCGACGAAUCAGCUGUUAUGUCGAACUCCGAAAUGCACGAAGGACGAGAUGGAGAGCGCUGUGCAAAGUGCACGAAAAGCAUACGAAAAGUGGCGGAACACCAGCGUGCUCACGAGACAAAAUUUGAUGCUCAAAUAUCAAGCGCUUAUACGAGAACAUUCGAAAGAAAUUGCUGAGAAUAUUGUGAGAGAAAAUGGAAAAACUAUGGCUGACGCGGAAGGAGAUGUACUUCGAGGUCUACAGGUUGUCGAUGCAUGCACAUCAAUCCCGAUGCUCCAGAUGGGCGAAUCCUCGACCAAUAUCGCCACGGACAUGGAUAUCGUCUCGUACAAAGUUCCCCUCGGCAUUACCGCGUCCAUUUGUCCCUUCAACUUCCCUGCCAUGAUACCUCUUUGGUCGUUUCCAAUAACGGUCGCAUGCGGGAACGCCGCUAUCCUAAAGCCGUCAGAACGUGUACCAGGUGCGUCCAUGAUUCUCGCUGAUCUCUUCACGAAAGCCGGUGCCCCAGCUGGCCUUUUAAGCGUUAUACAUGGCCAACGUGAGUCUGUGAAGUUCAUCUGCGAGCAUCCCGAUAUCAAGGCUGUUUCGUUCGUCGGUUCUGAUCAGGCGGGUCAAUAUAUCUACAAGCAAAGCAGCGCGCACGGUAAGAGGGUGCAGUGCAACAUGGGCGCUAAAAAUCACUGCAUCGUGCUGCCAGAUGCCAACAAAAACAAGACGAUAUCACAGAUCGUCGGCGCGGCUUUCGGCGCCGCCGGACAACGAUGCAUGGCGCUCUCAGUGGCGAUCUUCGUGGGCAAGUCGAAGGAAUGGAUACCUGAACUGGUAGAGGCGGCGAAAAGGUUGAAGGUCAACGCUGGUCACGUGCCUGGCACUGACCUCGGACCUGUCAUAUCGCCGCAGGCGAAACAGAGAAUUUGCGAGCUGAUCGAAAGUGGCGUUAAGGACGGCGCGAAAUUGCCCCUCGACGGAAGGGGUAUUGUUGUGUCCGGCUAUGAAAAUGGAAACUUCGUCGGACCCUCGUUGUUAAUCGAUGUUAAGCCCACGAUGAAGUGUUACACGGAGGAAAUAUUCGGGCCCGUCCUAUCAUGUAUAUUUGUUGACACGACCGAGGAGGCCAUCAACAUCAUCAACAGAAACCCCUACGGUAAUGGCACGGCUGUCUUCACAACAAACGGCGCGACAGCCAGGGCGUUCGUAAAUAGAAUCGAAGCCGGCCAAGUUGGGAUUAACGUUCCCAUCCCUGUUCCCCUGCCGAUGUUCAGCUUUACCGGCAACAAGGGUUCCUUCCUCGGCGAUAAUAAUUUCUACGGAAAAUACGGAGUAAACUUCCAUACGCAAACGAAGACAAUAACGCAACUGUGGAGAUCUGACGACGCUACCGAUAUCGCGUCGUCGACAGCGAUGCCUACCAUGCAAUAAGGCUGUAACCAUCUAUUUUUGAGAUCUGUGAAAAAAUAAUUUAAAAGCCUCUAAAUUUUCUCAGAUAAGAUCCCAAGUAACACACACACGUUUCAAUGUUUUAUAAACGUUAGAACCAAACGUUUCAUAACGUUUCCAAAACGUUUCAUAACGUUUCUGAAACAUUUCUCAUGAGUAAAAAUGUCCACUCAAAAAACGUUAGAUGAAACGUUACUUUUGCGAAAAAAAUCGUUCAAGAAACGUUUUAUAAACGUUUUAAGACGUUUUAUAAACGUUUCAUAAAUAAGAUUUCAGAAAGGUUCUUGUUAAAACGUUUCUUAUUAAUGCUUUGUGAAACUAUAGAUACGUUUAAGAAACAUCUCUGAUACUUGUAUGUGUUAUCUAGGAUUAUGCAUAGAUUGUACAAAGUUGCAACUCCCGUGUUGCGCAGUUAUUAAAAUAACAAUGUCUUCCACUGUUACGUUACAAAUCUGUACGUACACAAAUCUGUUCAGAGUGCAGACUGAAGACUUGAAGAGAAUAUUGUUAUGGUCUAAAUAAGCUAAAUAUAUUUUUUUAUAGCAUAAUAAAGUAUUGCCCGCCGGAAUAA